UAUGCCACUUACACAUAAAACGUAGUCCAGACUCUUAUUAAUAAACAAAAACUUGUCCAAGACCCCUAUUUGGGUGCCUAGAUCUUAGACAAAAACAAGGAACAGGAAACGCCCCAUACAAAUAACCAACCACUAACAAAUCCAUAUUUCCACACACAUGGCGGCCAAACGCAACCGCGAUGCGGACAUUGUCAAGCACAAGAUGGACCUACGGGCCCGAUUCAAAAAGCUGGUUAGGGCCGUCAUUAUGAACCAGUCGUGGCUUUCCGACGAGGAGGAGCAGGGCAUCUCCAUGAAUGUCAAGAAGAACGUUGCUUUGAUGCGUCAAAAGCGAAAGCCCGGCAUGAUAACCCUAGCGGAGAAGGCACUGUUGCGUUCCAAUCCCACUCUGAGGACAAUUGAGGAACGUAAAAAGCUUUGCAUUCUGAUAGCUGGACUGAACUGUUUCUCUAGAAUUCCACCGAAAAUACGGGCACGCAUGGUGCCAGUUCUGAAGUUUAUGUUCAUCAGUGAAACGCGGUUGAUUAUCAAGAAGGGCAACAUGCCCAUCUCAGUCUAUUUUAUACUGAACGGUGAGGUCGAGAUGAAGAAGACCGUAUACAACAAGACUACAAAACAAGAGGAAUCAGUGCCGGAGGCUAUAUUUGGUCCAGGAGAUUGCUUUGGAGACGUAGAAAUGGUUGAGGACUGUCCAAGGAUGAAUUCUUAUCAGCCCAUGUCUAGUUGUGAGGUCCUAUCGAUUUACGACGUGGACUAUGAGCGCAUCUUAAAACCAUUUAUGUUGAAACAAUGGGACGAAAAGAAGCUUGCCCUAAAGGCAUUUGACUAUUUUGAUUUUCUAAACCCGGAGCAGAUCAUUCUCGCCUGCAAAUACGCCUACUUGGUGCAGUACGAACCUUUGGAGACCAUUUACCUGGGGGAUAAAGGCUCCCUGGGCUUCGUGCGAUUCGUUCUUAGCGGAGAGUGCGCCAUCUUGCAGUGUUUGAAUAUGACGGCCACCCACAAAGACGGAAAGACCAACUACGAACUGACCGAAAUCGACAAAGAUAAGGAGGGACUUGAUAUGUUCCAGUUCUGGAAGGACCUUAGCAUGCACACUUCGUUUGUGGACAUCCAGGACAUUCUGGCCUCGUCCUCCUCCUCCGAAGAGGUUGAAGGUGCCACCAAGAAGAAGCAGACGAUGCGCAAAAUGGGACUCAACGAAAUCCAAAAGAACUGUGGCAUACGCACCUCUGCCACACCUAGUCGAAAAAAAGCAAAACCAAGGAGAACAAUGAACCUGCAGGCUCAGGCCCAAGCCAGGAAAACACAAUUAAUUCAGUCACUGCGGCGGGGAACUCCUUGGCUGCCGGGCGCUGCUCUGGGUUCAUACGGGGACGACGACUCUAUGGACGACAACGAAGACGCCUUCGAUUACGACGAAGAUCUCCUUGAUGAGUACGCCUCGGAUGACAGCACUUAUGAUUCGGACAACGUUUCCAUGGACAGAACCAUGGUGCAAGUUCAGCUUAAGCGACGCACCGCCAAAAGUCUUGAGGCGGAGAAGAAGGAGUCCAGUACAUCAUCGGAAAUAUUCACGGCUAGUUCCUUAUGCAACGAUAAAAUCAGUUAUGAUGGGACAAAGACAGGUGCUGUCCCAGCCGAGACACACUUUAUAGACGUGGGCUCACUGACCUAUGGAAGCAUCUUUGGUCUGGGCGAAAAAAUGGAACAUCGUGUAAUUAUGGCCCGCACCGUUGUACAGUGCCUGCUCAUCCCGCGCUUCUGGUUGCUCGAAGAGGAGCAGAAUCCGGGCAACAUUUGGCACCGCCGCAGGUUCUAUUUUGAGUGCAAUGUGCCCUCACGGCAGGAUCUAUUCACCAACUUUCUCAAGACCCGGCAGUGGAACAAAUUUCGACACGACUACAUUCAAGGCCUGCUAAACCGCGAGGAAAAGGGCAACAUCACCAAGGAGGAAGAUAUUCCAAUCAUGUGCUGCAUCGUAGAGACAAGCGAUGAUUAAAAGUCAGUUCCA